CGGCCCUGUGGCCUGUCCUUCAGCCCGCGCUCGGAGGAGAAAGCUCGCGGCGCAGGCCCAGGCGGUGCUUGUGGUCGUUUUCUUUGUAGUUGGCGGUCUGAGGCCCGGCCUCAACUGGAAACGGCGUCACUAUGAUGAGCGGACGGCCGGGCCGAGUGCCCUUACAGUUCCUGCCAGAUGAGGCCCGGAACCUGCCCCCACCCAAAUUGACCGACCCGCGGCUCCUUUACAUCGGCUUCAUGGGCUACUGCUCCGGCCUGUUGGAUAACGCGCUCCGGCGGAGACCGGUGCUGUCGGCAGGUUUGCAUCGCCAGCUGUUACAUGUUACAUCCUUUGUUUUUAUUGGAUAUUAUCUUUUAAAACGUCAAGAGUAUAUGUAUGCUGUGAGGGACCAUGAUAUGUUAGCAUACAUAAAAUCACAUCCGGAGGAUUUUCCUGAAAAAGAUAGAAAAACUUAUGGUGAAAUUUUUGAAGAAUUCUAUCCAGUACGUUGAAGUCUUCAAAAUGCUUGCUCCAGUUUCACUGAUAACAUUAUUUUUGAAUUUUUAUGGAACAUAUUUCCAUGACAGCCGAAGUUUAUGUUGAUCUGUGUUAAUACCUUAUAAUUAAAAUAAUUAUCGUAA